AUGGAGGAGGAUGAUAACUUCGGUUAUGAAUACAUAGCAGCUGCUGAUAAUAUGGUUGGAUCUUACCUCAAGAAGGAAGAUGACACCUACUUGUUUGAUCAUCCGUCUAUAUAUGACAGUGUUUCCUUUAUUCUCAGUACAAAACAACCAAAGUUUGUCAUUGAAAAUUGUAGUUUGUCCUUUAUAAGUCAGCGACUUCGUCUUACGCCCUCCAGUAAAGAGAAAAAAGAGAAAAACGUUGCUGCAACAGAGUUUGAAUCUACAGAGUGUGUUGAUGUGUUAGUGAAGGCUGGAGCUGAUGUUAAUGUACAGAAUAAUACAGGUGACACACCACUUCAUACAGCAGCAGCAAUAUGGGAAUCUACAGACUGUGUUGAUGUAUUAGUGAAGGCUGGAGCUGAUGUUAAUGUACUGAAUAAUACAGGUGACACACCACUUCAUACAGCAGCAGCAAUAUGGGGAUCUACAAAGCGUGUUGAUGUGUUAGUGAAGGCUGGAGCUGAUGUUAAUGUACAGAAUAACACAGGUGACACACCACUUCAUAUAGCAGCAGCAAUAUGGGGAUCUACAGAGCGUGUUGAUGUGUUAGUAAAGGCUGGAGCUGAUGUUAAUGUACAGAAUAAUACAGGUGACACACCACUUCAUACAGCAGCAGCAAUAUGGGGAUCUACAGAGCGUGUUGAUGUGUUAGUGAAGCCUGGAGCUGAUGUUAAUGUACAGAAUAAUACAGGUAACACACCACUUCAUACAGCAGCAAGACGUGGAUCUACAAAGUUCGUUGCUGUGUUACUGAAGGCUGGAGCUGAUGUUAAUGUACAGAAUAACACAGGUAACACACCAUUUCAUAUAGCAGCAGGACUGGGAUCUACACAGUGUGUUCAUGUAUUACUGAAGGCCGGAGCUGAUGUUAAUGUAUAGAAUAAUACAGAUGACACACCUCUUCAUACAGCAGCAGGACGGGGAUCUACAGAGUGUGUUGAUGUGUUACUGCAGGCUGGAGCUGAUGUUAAUAUACAAAAUAAUACAGGUGACACACCACUUCAUAUAGCAGCAAU